CGCGACGACGGCCGCGGACGAUUUUGAGCUAUAAGCCUAUAAAUUCCAUCCUUGGUCCAUAGGCCAUAACCUGAUAGCCCGUUCAUUGCCGUCCACUCCGUCCACUGUCCAGUCCAUUCGUCAACGUUUGUAUCAAUGGUAGUAAUUACCACGUGGUUUUUCGGAAAAAAUCUUGGCUAUUGUAUAUUUCUAAAAAAAUACAAGAACAUCGAAUUACUACGCGGAUAUUUUUUCCUCCCCUCGAAAAUCGACUUAUACAUAUAUUCAUGAUUUAGAUCCGCGCGCGGCGCGAUGAAUGUCGCUCAGUCUACGAGGAUGAAAAGGAAAAGGAGUAUCGAGCGAGAAUCCCCGUAUUGUUAUGAGAGUCCGUUGAGGGGUUUUAAAAAAAGUCUGGAGGAGCUUAGGACCAUCGUGGGCAAUGUUGUUUACAACAAGAACGAGAGGUUAACAUGCGAUAGGCGGAAAUUGAGUAAACAAGAUGCGACGGGUUCUUCUGGCAGAAAGACUUCGUCGCGAAAUAGUGUAAUUGUUAUCAAUGACAGUGAAACAGACGAUGGGAAUGACGACGACAAUAACGAUGAAACAAAUGAUGGCGAUAAGGGAGACGCCUCGAUCAGCAUUAUUGAAUGCAGCUCGAAAUCGGCUUCGCCUGCACAACGGAGAAAAAGAGUUAAAGUCUCCAACGAGCAAAUGAAAAAAUCGUCCACAAUAUCACUGGACAGUGAUUUAUCCGUUCUUUCCAUCCUUUCGGACUGGUCAGACUCGCAGGAAUCUAUAUUAGACGGGGAAAAUAUAGCGCCGCUGCAAACUGAGGACGAUGUGGUCGAGUUAUGGUCGUGUCUGAAGAAUUCGCCAAAAGCAAAAAAGGGGAAGAAAAGUGCAAAAAGUGACACGAGAGAGAAGAAAGAUGUGAGGUCCAAUUAUUUUGCUAUAAACAAGAAGAGACCUUAUGAGACGAACAUACUGUUUAGGAUAGACAGAAGGCCGAAUUUUAAAUAUCUCAAACGUUUAACGGAAAAUACGAAACAAAAUGCGCAGAAGAAACUGACGAAACAAGGUCUAUUCCAAAACAGAAUUGCAGCCAAAUCGUUCGUCAAGCCAGUCGAGCAAAGCCCGUUGAAUCGUUUGGACCGCAGUCAGAGAAAAAGGCGACAUAACAAUAACUUGGACUCGAAUCCCACAGAGCUCCACAAAGCGCAUUGCAGCAAUGAGCUGCAAGGAGAAGCAGAGAGAACUAAUUCAGAUCUGAAUUCAAGCACGACGAAUUCAAAACAUAAAUUAAGAGAGAUUAUUGUUGAUGGCUGCAAUGUGGCAAUGGCCCAUACAAACGGUAAAGAAUUCUCAGAGAAAGGUAUCAAAAUAGUGGUAAAUUUUUUUACGAAGAGGGGGCACGUUGUGAAGGUUUUCUUACCCCAGCACGUUCGGAGAAAGGAACACACGUUUCUUGAGCAACUAUACAAAGAGGGCACAGUUGUUUUUACGCCUAGCCGCAAAAUUGGUGGUAGACAAAUUACAUCCUACGAUGAUCGAUUUAUUUUGAAAUAUGCGACGUCAUGUGGAGGUAUAGUGAUUUCCUCGGAUCAAUACAGAGAUUUAUAUAGGGAGAAACCGGAAUGGCGCAAUACUAUUUUGAAUCGUUUACUGACACCCACCUUUGUUGGGGAUUACAUCAUGUUUCCGGAAGAUCCGUUAGGCAAGUUUGGACCUAAUCUCGAGAGAUUUCUGCGACAUUAAGACCAAUAUAAUACCAUAAUAUGUGCUUUUCCAUCAAAUUAAGUACAAGACCAAUUAAUGUCUUGUUAUCAAGAAAAUGAAUUUUUUUGACCAUGAUAUUUUUCAGAUAUUUAUCUAUAUUCAUUUUUUCUUUCUUUUUGUAUAUAUUCAGUACGUGCUUUUUACAUUUAAAAAAAACGAAAAAAUUUAUAUACGACUAAAUUUGUACUUGUGUUAAGUUUGUACAUUCAUACGGUGUGCACGGUAGUUUAUGAGAAUUGAAUUAUAUGCUGCAGAGAAAAAUGAACAGAUGAACUUGUUUUUUUUUUUUUUUUAUAAAGCGCAUUAUAAAUAUAUACGAAAAGUUGUGAAAUUAAUUUAUAUUUCUAUAAUAAAAUAUGUUUGUACAUGCAAGAGAUACAGUCGUUGCAACGUUGUAAAAAAGUAAUUUAUUUCUUACAAAACUCUGCUAUUGAAAUGUGUUCUGUCAUACUGUGUGACAAAUGUAUGCGAGGUAAGUUGUUAAAAAAAAGUUUUUUAAUAAAAAAAAAGAUAAUUAUAAA